UGCUAGUUGUAGCUUUUUUACCUCUUGAUCAGGUAUUAUUCUGUUCUCACUCUUUCAUCUGCAAAGAAUCAUAAUUUUCUUAGCAUAAUUUUCUUCGUUUUACGUAUUGAUUUGUCCCUGAAAUCCAAUCUCCAUUGCAAAAUUCGUUGAAGUUGAUCUAUCUGUACUUAUGGAUUCUUUUUUUUGAUCGGCCUGUACUGAAUGAUUCUGUCACUGAUUUAUAUAUUUUUUUUAUUUUUUUUUUAUUUUUAAUUUGGAUCUGCUAAUUGUUUGUCUUUGAUGAUGUUAAGAGGAUUGAAGGAGAUAAUUUGAUGCAAAAAACUGAUGUGUCUGUUCAUAUCAUAGAUAGAAUCUCUGCCUCAAAUCUCCAAGUUCAGGAUCACCAACUCCUGGUCAACCCUGACCAAAGAUCAACCUGUUGAAUCAUUUCUGGAUUGACCUGUUAAGAUGUUAAUGUUAAUUGUCUCCUCUUUAGUCGUUCGAAAUUCUGAAUUUUAACAAGCAACUAUGUUCGUGGAACUCGGUUUUCUUCUGUGAAUUAGUCCUUGUGAAGUUUUGUUUGUAUUUGUUAACUUGAUAUUAUCUCCUUUGGCAGCAAACAUGUUUCUUUGGAGAAAGCACUCUCACGAUGACCACCAGGUGGAUGAGUCUCAGCAACGAGAUGCCAAGAUCAGUGAACUUAGAACUGCUUUAGGACCGUUGUCUGGGCGUAGUUUAAUGUACUGCUCUGAUGCAUGCCUGAGGAGAUACUUGGAAGCUCGCAAUUGGAAUGUUGACAAGGCAAAGAAAAUGCUGGAAGAGACACUAGAGUGGCGAUCAACUUUUAAGCCUGAAGAAAUCCGCUGGCAUGAAGUAGCACAUGAAGGUGAGACUGGAAAAGUUUCCAGGGCAAAUUUUCAUGAUCGUCAAGGAAGGACUGUGCUCAUAAUGAGGCCUGGGAUGCAGAAUACGAGGUCAGCAGAAGACAAUAUCCGCCAUCUGGUUUACCUUUUAGAAAAUGCUAUCCUGAACCUGGCUGAAGGUCAGGAACAAAUGUCAUGGUUGAUAGACUUCACUGGAUUUUCGUUGAGCACCUAUGUUCCUGUCAAAACAGCUCGUGAUAUAAUUUACAUUCUUCAGAACCAUUAUCCCGAGAGACUGGCCAUUGCAUUUUUAUACAAUCCACCGAGGAUUUUUGAGGCCUUUUGGAAGGCUGUCAGGUACUUCUUGGAUCCAAGAACAGCUCAGAAGGUGAAGUUUGUUUAUCCUAAAAACAAAGAGAGUGUGGAGCUUAUGAGCUCUCUCUUUGAUGUUGAGAACCUACCUGCUGAGUUUGGAGGUAAAGCCACCCUAAAGUAUGACCAUGAGGAGUUCUCGCGUUUGAUGGAACAGGAUGACUUGAAAACAGCCAAGUUCUGGGGAAUUGAUGAGAAUCCCCACCCCAUUGCUAAGGGGAUUUCAGGGGGAGUUGAGGUGGCAUCUGAACCAGCACCCUUACCAUGUCCAGCUGGCUGAGUGAACCUGCCUAUUUGCCAAAGUGGUCUGCCGGGAACUAGGAUAUGCAGAAUACUAAGAGAAUAAAUAAACUGAUAUAGGUUUCUCAUCAAACUUAAACAACUGCUGAUAACUGCAAUGAUAGGUAGGUCCUUGCUCAGGAGUAUAAUCAUUCGUUCCGUAGUCCGUACUCCACCCCUUUGAUAUAAAAUUUAUUGCUUAUUUAGUACAUGUUCUCAAUGCCAUGUCAAAGGUAGUGAAUUUUAGUGUCUUAGAUUAGAUUUUGUAAGAUAACAAACUGCAAUGUGUGUUUAACUAUCUUUUCUGGGUACAUAAAGAAAACUUGUGUUUGACGAAACAUUAGUAAGCAUAGGCAACAUAACUUUUGCUGGAGAUAAGAUAUAGCAUUGCUAUGGAAGUAGGUUUCACAGAAAAGGGAAAACAAAAGAAAGCAAAACACGUCAAUUUAUGAUGAAGGAUUUCAUUAAAAUUGCUAGGGCUGUAGAAAAGAUGGGAGUCAAUGAUAAUCGAUCACACUACAGGUUUCUCUUUCUCAAGAAAUGAGAUACUCCAAGAUGCAUUCAUUUGGACCAAGAUAUGAAGAGACAUAGUGCAUAUGCAUUAUGGAUAUCAACAUAACAUCACAACAGAUCCACGUCUUACUGCAUUCAACAGCUGCUGUCAUUUGUACUGUACAGAGGCACUCUUGGUCAAAGUUCAUUGGAAUAGAGGCACUCAUCCACAAGUUGGCGAAGAUUAGGAUUCUCCAGAGCAGCUGCAACUCUUUCUUUAUCAUUCAAUUGCUUGUUAACUGGAGAGAAAGAGAGUGCAGAUUUUCAGCAUUAAAUUAGGGAAAACAGCAAAUCAAUUGACAACAUUGGA